GAAACUCAUCAAUAUUUGACCUCGGAGAAUCUGGCAGCAUGGAUGAUACUUUCAGGAUCAAGAAAGGUCUGUACCUUUUGUUCUUACUCUUUCUGUCUGGAGUGGUGUGUGUUUCAAUUCACUAUUCUUUGCCUGAAGAGAAGAAAAGUGGGUCUCUGGUGGCUAAUGUGCUGAAGGAUUUGAAACUGGGACCAGGGGAGCUGUCUGCUCGCAGAGCCCAGCUGGUUUCCAAAAGCAAUAAGCAACAUUUCCAGCUGGAUACCCAUUCUGGGAAUCUCUUUGUAAAUGAAAAAAUAGACAGAGAAGCUUUGUGUGGCAAGAUGGAGCCUUGCUUACUGUUGUCUGAAAUUGUGCUUCAAAAUCCUUUAAAAAUCUACAAAGUGGAGAUAGAGAUAAAAGAUGUGAAUGACAAUUCUCCUGAAUUCUCCAAAACUGAAUUUAAUCUAGAAAUCCCUGAGAAUGUUCCCACAAACACUCGAUUCCCCCUGGAAUCUGCCAAAGAUGCAGAUUUGGGUGAAAACAGUAUCCAGAACUAUACUCUCAGUUCCAGUGGGCAUUUCAGGCUGGAUGUACAAAGUGAUGAGGUUGGGAGCAAGUAUGUGGACCUUGUUCUGGAGACGUCGCUAGACAGGGAGAAGGAGGCUCAGUUUUUGCUGAUUGUCACAGCUGUUGACGGAGGGGUGCCACAGAGAACAGGGAAAGUUCAAAUAAAGAUUAAGGUUCUGGACAAUAAUGACAACUUCCCUCAGUUUACACAAUCUGAAUAUAAAGUGAAGCUUAAGGAAAACUGCCUUCGUGGUACCCUGGUGUCUAAAGUGAAAGCCAAAGAUUUGGAUUUUGGUUCAAAUGCACAGAUCUCUUAUUCAUUCUAUCGGGUGUCUGAGAAAAUAAUCCACUUGUUCCACUUGAAUGAAAACACUGGAGAAAUCACAGUUUUGGGUCCAAUUGACUAUGAAGAAGAAGCCAGCUAUAAUAUGAACAUCAAAGCAACAGAUGGAGGGGGACUUUCAGGCCACUGCAAGGUCUUGGUGGAGAUUGAGGAUGAGAACGACAAUGCACCUGAGAUAUCAGUCAUAAGUGUCACCAGCCCAUUAGCAGAAGACUCUCCCCUAGAUACGCUGGUCGUGCUCUUCAGUGUCACAGACCGAGACUCUGGAGACAAUGGAAGAACAUCCUGCUCUGUGGAGAUGAACUUGCCCUUUCUGUUAAAAAACACUGUGAAUAACUAUUAUCAACUGGUGACCCAGAGCCCACUGGAUAGAGAGAAGGUCUCUGAGUACAACAUCACCAUCUCAACUGCUGAUCGGGGCUUUCCCAAACUCAUUUCCACUAGAAUAAUUAGUGUUGAGAUCUCUGAUGUCAAUGACAACUCUCCAGUGUUUGAGAAGUCCAAGUAUGAAAUGCAGGUGUGGGAAAACAAUAUUCCAGGCCUGUUGAUGGGUUCGGUUCAUGCUGUCGAUUUAGAUGUGGAGCAGAAUGCCAAGGUGACCUAUUCUGUUGUGCCUGGAAAUGCCAGUGGUGAUCCUGUGGCCUCUUAUGUUUCCAUCAACUCAGAGACUGGGAAUAUGUAUCUUCUGAGAUCUCUGGAUUAUGAGCAGAUCAAGGAAUUCCAAGUGACAGUGAGGGCUUCAGAUGGGGGUUCUCCUCCACUGAGCUCAGAAGUUGUUGUUCGAGUUGUUAUCCUGGAUGAAAAUGACAAUGCUCCCUUCUUCCUCUACCCGCUUCAGAACAGCACCUCCCCCUGCAAUGAGCUGGUUCCCAAGUCAGUGGAGGCCGGUUACCUGGUUGCCAAGGUGGUGGCUGUGGAUGGGGAUUCAGGUCAGAACUCCUGGCUGUCCUAUGAAUUGCUGAAGGCCACAGAUCCUGGCCUUUUCAACAUAGGAGCCCAGAAUGGGGAAGUGAAGACCAGGAGACCACUGACAGAGCGAGAUACAAACAAGCAGAGACUGAUUAUCCUGGUGAGAGACAACGGCCACCCUCCCCAGAGCAGCACAGCAACCCUGAAUAUACUUCCUGUGGAUGGCUUUUCAGAUCCUUAUCUGAAUAUUGCAAGUGUCAGUCAGGAGGCCAGUGAAGAAGAUGGCUCCUUGACUAUGUACCUGGUGAUUUGCCUGGCUGCGGUGUCCUUUGUGUUCCUGAUCUGCAUCAUUGUGUUUGUUGUCAUCAAAAUAUACAAGAAGGAGUCCAGUUUUAUCACUGCCCUUCCUCAGUUCCCUCCUGCCUUACCUGAGAUCCCAGAAACUGGUGUUGAUUCUCAGAGUGGAUCCCUUUCCCGGACUUACCAAUAUGAUGUUUGCCUAACUGGCGGAUCUCUAAGCAGCGAUUUCAGAUUCCUUAGGCCUCUCAUUCCUGUUUUUUCUAUGGGGGACCCAACUGUUUCUGAGAAUCACAGGAUUUCUUCUAUCUCUCAAGAGACACCUGAUCAGGUGGAAAGUCAAAAACAAAGAGAACAGGUAAAUAAGUAG